CCACCCCCAAUCUAACAACGUUCUCCAAAGAAGACCAGCUAAAAAACAGGUAAUCUCCCGAUCUAACUACUGCUUCUCAUCCUUCUACGUGGCGCAGAGUACAAAAUUACCAACGAGGUUGGCAACUAGAUCCAUCCUACGUGGAUUGUGUGUCUUCGCAGUUGCCAAGCAGAGUACACUAGAUCUGCCAUGUACUGUGUUAGAGAUAACCGUAAGUUCUCUGUAGAUUGAUGCACGUAGUUAGUAAAUGAAUGGAUGUGUAGGAAUCCAUAAAAAAGUAGAGAAAAUUGGGAAAUUUGGAAUAGUAUAGAGUGUCAAAAAUAAUUGCCACUGGUGUCUAACGUCAGUUGCCACCUAUCAUUGUCGUCAACUGCCACCAUGUCAACUUAUAGCUUGCCAUCCUAUUGUAGUGGCUGAUGCCAUCGAAUCGAACGGUUAGCUAGCACCCAUAUUUUAGAAAAAAGAUAGUUGAUGUACAUGUCCUACUAGCAAUGAUAUGCUGGUUACCUAUGCAUGGAAAUGUGAUAACACUGACGUGUUAACUUCUACAUGCAAGCAGCACAAAGGAUACAUUUUUGUGAAUUGUUGAUGCGUUCUGGUUCAUGCAGUAAUUGAUAGCACGGUGGCAGAAAACGAGAUGCGGGAAAGAAUGAGUCACGGAGAUGACAUUGAUCUUUUCGGUUCUCAAAGGCCAGAAACGCCCCCUUGAGAUGCAUCAGAAUACAGUCAACUCAUUUCUGCAGGGCCGUUGCUGCCACUACUAGAACAGUACGCAGGCAUUGGUUCUUAUGACCAAAACACACUCAGGGGGGCACCAUGGCAAGUUCAGUCGCAGGGCGCUAACACUGACAAAUGUGCGGGCAACCAACUUCAAGUAGCUAAUGUGGCAAGUCAAGAGCCUUUGUGCAGCACGUGGCGGCAGUCGGCACCCAUGUACCUGCCAUCGACGUCGUACACAGGUUAUUACGAUGCUUCUACCCCGACAAGCGUCUCAUGGCAAGCUUCACACAAUGCAGAUGCAGCACAUCAAUUUGGUGUUACGGAACACACAAGAUGGGCACAUAUAGCACAUCAAGGGCCUACGACUAAAGUGAACAGCGGCGCAGGGGCAUCUACUGCGGGAAGCUCUGAGCGCAUGGAAGACGCGGUCCUCCAGCCAGACACAAGCCAUGCCGCAUACAAUACCGAGUCAGAGUCAGAAAUGGCAAUCAUUCCUGCAAUGCCGACAAGCACCCCUUUGAACACAAGCACUAGCAACACUCAAGCAGAUCAAACCGCCACCGAUACUGAAGUGAAUGAUGAAACUGACGAUGAGGCACAAGGGGAUGAAGAUGGUGGGCAAUCAGAGAUCGUGGUACCUCAGCCACUGUACGUUGGGCAGAGAUUUGAAUCAUUCAAAGAAGCAAAGGAAUUCUACCAGACAUAUGCAAAGUCCCAUGGGUUUGCGGUCAACACCGAAUACCAUAGGAAGAUAAAGAAAACAAACGAGUACAACAGAGGUGAGAUGAGGUGCCACAAGGCACGAAGGAACAAGAAGGGGAAAGGUGUUGCGCCUUGAAGGAAAUAUGCCCUAGAGGCAAUAAUAACGUUAUUAUUUAUUUCCUUAUUUCAUGAUAAAUGUUUAUUAUUCAUGCUAGAAUUGUAUUAAGCGAAAACAUGAUACAUGUGUGAAUACAUAGACAAACAUAGUGUCACUA